AUGGCAGGCUUUUCCUUCCCUCCGCCCCCGCCGCCUCCCCCGAGAUCGACGGCCCCAGAACCUUCCGCUCCGAGCAGUUCGUCGCAAAGAGGUGGCUAUAGCAACAACUUCCGUAGCGACCGAGGCGGAAGAGGCAAUCAGGGAGGUCGUGGGCGUGGACAGAGCAAUAACUACAGAGGAGGAGGGCAGCAGCAGCGAGGCGGCCACGGCUUCCAGCAACCUCGAAACCCGCAAGCUGGUGGGGAUCGUCGACAAGAGCAUGCAGGAAGAAGUCGAGGCCAAAUUCAGCAAUAUGGGCACAACUAUGCACUACAAGAACAGCCAGCUCAAUACCAAUACCCGCCAACAUCAUCAAAUGCCUACGGCCAGACACAAGUUCCCGUCAGCACAUACGUCAAUCCGAACUUGUCGCCGGUUAUGAUGGCCCCUCAAAUGCAGAAUGCGACGCCUGUUCAGCCACAAAUUGAUCCGAUGGCAUUUAUGCAGGCUUUCUCGACAUUCAUGGUUUCUCAAGCUGGGAUGCAGAAUGUGCCUGCUCAAGUCAAUCCGGCGGCCCCUAGCCAGUACCAAGCAUCGCCACCCCGGUACUCUAAAAACCAGCGGUCCCCUCCUACUGUAGUUGGUAACAAGAGGAAACGGAGUUCAAACGAAGAGUAUCAGGAACGCCAUGUUUCCAAACUUCAGACUAAUGCGUCGACGAAAUCAAAGCCUGCGAAAGCCAAGGUGAACGUGCCGCCUACCGUUCCCAGUUUUGGAAUCACACUUCCGACCGUUUCAAAACCUGCUCCUCCGCCACCGCUAGUUCUUCCAAAAGCCAAAAAGGACGCAAAGAAAGCGAAAAGGGGCAAUCUACUAGGUCUCACGCCACAGGCUGACCAUAGUGACAGCGAGCCGGAAAGCAUUGAUGAGGAGGCUACCUAUGCAGUGAAUGUCACAGGUCUUAUUUUCGAAUACAACGGGGAGACGGCAGCCUUGAAUUCUCCAGCCGAAAUCGCAGCGUGGAUCCGCGAGCGGAGGAGACUGUACCCAACUAAAGCUCGCGCUAAGCAGAAAUUACAGGAGGACCGCCUCAGACUAGCAAACGAACACGCAAUACUUCUGCGUGUGAAGGAAGAAAAAGAUGCUAAGGCUGGCGUCACUGUCAAAUCGGAGAAGAAGGACAAGAAGACUGAUCAGAGGCAAGAAUUGACUUCUGAGGAUAAGCGAAAGCAAGUGGAACAUGAACGGCAGCUCAAGAAGAUCGAGAAGCUGCGAAAGAAAUUGCAAAAGAGCGAGGAAAUGCUCGCUAAGUCGGAAGGUGGUUCCACACUGGGACGGAUUGGUACCAUUGAGGUCAAGACUGAGGUCAAGACGGACUCUGCGCCAUCCGGCGUGAGACUAUCAAAGAAUAAUCUUGGUCUGGACUACGGAAGUGACACCGAAUCUACAGGUGAAUCUGCGGACAGCGAUGACUCUUCCGAUUCUUCAGACUCAGACUCAGACUCGGAUUCGGUUUCAGAGUCCGAAUCUGAUGAUGAAGACUCAGCACCUGAAGAGGAAACAUCAAAGGCGCACCUACCAUUGCGCGUAUCCCCUCCGAAAGAUGCCUUGAAGCGUAAGACGGCGCAGACAGUCUGCCCCUAUCAAAAGAGGUCCGGAAAAUGCACCAAUAAGAGGUGCAAAUUUUCGCAUCCACCAGAAAUUGCAGCAAAAGAGCCCAAAAAGCGAGUAACUUUGUACGAUAGGAUGAUCGAGCAGGAGGAAAAAGUAGCGGACAUGCUUGCCCUACAGGCUAUCAAAUAUCUUGGUAGCACCGGUUUUCUGUCUUAGUGGAGAUACCCAAUUGCAUAUGCCUCUUGAGGCCUUUCGUGAACCAUGCAAAUGAGAUAACAUGCAUACUAAAAGAUGAACGUCUCAUGUCUAUACAUAAUUUGCAAUAUUCUAAAUAGUUUGCAAUACAGUCCGCCGCAUUAUGCCGCAUUAUGCCACAUUAUGCCAC